AGCCGUUGAGAUGUCCCAUCGGAGUCCUGUUGCCUCCUGGUUUUGUGCUAUGCUUCAUUGCUUUGGAAGUUAUAUUCUUGCGGAUUUGUUACUUGGGAACGCUCCUAUUGAUUAUUUCAGCAAUAACUCUAGUGUGCUCCUGGCCUCUGCAGUAUGGUAUUUGAUUUUCUUCUGCCCCAUGAACCUUUUCUACAAGUGUGUCAGCUUCCUGCCUGUCAAGCUUAUCUUUGUGGCGAUGAAAGAGGUUGUUAGAGUUCGUAAAAUUGCUGUUGGGGUCCAUCAUGCUCACCACCAUUAUCACCAUGGGUGGUUCAUUAUGGUGGUUACUGGAUGGGUCAAAGGUUCUGGCAUUGCCUUGGUGUCUAAUUUUGAGCAGCUGUUGCGUGGAGUCUGGAAGCCAGAAACAAAUGAAAUUCUUCAUAUGUCCUUCCCAACAAAAGCCAGUCUGUAUGGAGCAAUCCUCUUCACCCUGCAGCAGACUCAUUGGCUCCCCAUCGCUAAAGCCAACCUCAUCUUCUUCUUCACCAUGUUUAUGAUUGUUUGCAAGGUUUUCAUGACUGCAACUCACUCGCACACCUCGCCAUUCUCUCCAAUAGAAGGCUUCAUCUGUCCAGUAUUCUUUGGCUCUGUUUCUAGUGGGCACAACAAUCAUGAUUAUGACAACUCAGAGAGUUCCCAUGACACGUCCCCUCCUCCUGCUCCUGCAAAAUCUAAGGAGGAGCUGAACGAAGGCACACGGAAACGGAAAGCAAAAAAGGCUGAAUAAGUGGGGUCAGAUACGCACGGUGAACAAGCCAAAGAUAAACCCCACAGAGCUGCAGUGACAUAAUCUCCAAGCCACCUGUGAUCUCACAUACCAUCCGAUCCUUCUUCCUGAGACUUCUAAAGAGAGAGAGAGAAAUGAAAGCCAGGACACUGCCAGAUGGAUCCCUAAAUUUCAUUGAUGCACCUCACCCUGCUGCUAGUGAUAAUGAUCUUUGUCUCUACGUCUAAUCUCCUGUUUUAAGGGGGGUUAAAUUUGUGCCAGGCUGAGGUUUGGGUUCAAGUUCCCAGCCCACCAGCAAUCAUGGCACAGAAUUUUGUUAGUAUAAAAUUCCUACUGCCCUCCUUAAAAAGCAAAUGAAAUACUUAGAAACAACUGAAUAUGGAAACUGGCUUUUUUAGCACAAGAGCAAAUUAUCUCCUGUGAAGCUGAGCUAAUGGAUUUCAGCUCCCAUACUUGCAAAGUACCCUAUGAUGUAGGGCUUCAAAUUAACAUGCCUUAUUUUCUAUGCAUGAUGGGCCUGGCCAUGUGCCGCUUGAGUAAUUACAUUCUUCUCAUCUAAAUUCCCCCUGCAAUUCUUACAUGCUAUAACUUCUUUACUGCCUUAGCUUAAGGCUUACAUGUGCUUUGAAGCUAUAAAGUGUUAUAUGUGUUUUCUAUUCCUCCUGUUAUUAUCUUACUCGGUCGGUUAGUGCACUUUGCUGUUAACACUGUCAACAAUGUUGUGCCCCACCUGAGUGCUGACUGCAUUUCACUGGGGAGGUGAAAUGAUCCCUAGAGUUUGGAUACUGUUUGGUUGUAAACUGCUUUGGAAUCCUGGGGGAUAAAGGCACAAUGUAAAUGAUUAUAUAUUACUAUUUAUUAUUACUAAGGUACCAAAUUAUCGGCACUGAAAUUGGCUUUUAUGGAGAACUCUGAAUCUGCAUGUACACAGUUGGGCACAUUUGAGAAAGGUCUUAGGCCCACAAAAAUACUCUAGUUGUUUCCAGAGUAGGCUGGAGGGUGGACUCAGUUCUCUCACUGCUGGGAGUGGCAUUUCCUUUUUUCUAAAAUUAAGAUUUUAUAAACCCAGGAAAUGGUUUUUUAGAUAAACCUGAUUAAGCCAUAAGCAUCUAACUGGAGUGCACCAGCGGAGGAAAGCUGUACCUCCUUUGCACAGCCCCUGAGCCAAACCCAUAGUACAAGUCUGGACCCGGGAGAAAUCUUUUGCCCAGAUGGUGAAGAAGGAAAUGGUCAGUCUCCUGAACGUGGAAAGCCCUGGCUCAUGGAGGAUUCAGCCAGUUUGUUUGUAUCCUGCGCUGUGAAUGUUUGGGGCUAAACAUUCCCAGAGCAGGAUACUAGGAAGGGUUUAAAAUCCAGGCACUGAAUUUGUUUUUAAAAGUAUGAACCAGGAUGAUGUUGCCAUAUGAACAGCGUUUGGGUUCGGAAUAUCCUGGGUCAACAGACGCUGGGAAUGCUGCUGCAGUGGCAGCAUGUUUAGCCCAGCGGGUGAUUGGAGCAUAUGGAUGGGCUGUUAGUGGCACUCCAUCCUGCCAUCCUCAGCUAACAGUGUAGUUACUCUGACUUAGCCUGGGUGGGGGAGUGUGUUUGGAGGUGGGGGAAGGGAAAUAAGUGAAUUCAGAGAAUCUCUCCCCAUCCCUACUCCAAAAACUUUAAUUAGAAAAAUUAUUGAAAUAAAAUGGAAAUUAGUUGCCAA